AUGUCAUCUUCUUCUGAUACGGGAGUGUCAGACACGCUGGAUCCUCUAGCGAUAGUCUCGGACGACGAGAUUCUACCUGAGAGCGAGGUGUAUACAUCGGAUACUACGAGUACUGACAAGGACGACUUCCAGCCCUUUGCCCUACCGGACUUUGGGGACGAUGUGCCUUUAGCUGAUGGUCCUUUCGAUGGGGAUCUACCUUUCAUUCAGAUCCCUGCUCCUCUCUCUCUCGCCGCAGUUCCUGUUGAGGAUCUGCCACUUGACGCGUUAUCAGAUGACGAUAUCGAUCUAUUCAUUGAGGGUCCCCCGGAGGGUGACCAGGAUGGUGGGGCCCCUAUGGAUGACGAUAUUCCGGUUGAUGAACCUGUUGUUCCUAUUGUUGAGGUUCCUGCUGUUGAUGCUAUUAUUUUGCCACCUGUCGAGGCUCCUGUCACGGAGGCCUUAUCUGAUCCGUUUGGUCCCGACUCGUUUGAGUCUGUAUCAUCUGCUACUCUUCACGCCCAGGGCGUGCAGCACUACUCCAUCGACACUGAUACAGACAUGGCGAUGUCUGCUGCACCCAUUGUUCCCCGUGACCUUGACCCGGAUCCUGAGGUUGAGUUUGUACCUGCUGAUCCUGCUCCAGCUGGUCCUGAGCUUGGAGUUGUACCAGAGCCUGAUCAUGUUGAUCUACCAGUCGUGGCACCACCCGUUGUUGACGCACCAGCCAUUGCACCACCAGUUACUGAUGUUCCUGUUGUUGACCGUGCACCGUUUGCCACGCAUGUCGAUCCUAGAUAUGCUGACACCCGUAAUGGGUGGAUUGAGGAUGAUGAUGACUAUCCUCCAUUUGUUAUACCAAUCACUCCUCCUGCUGCACCUGUUUUUGCACCUCUUGAUAUUCCCCAGUUCCACCCACAUAUAUCUGACGUCCAUCGCACAGACUUACCCAUUACAUUUCUCCAGGACAUUCCUCCUCCCCGUCCAGGGGAAGGACCAUCUACUCAGCAUCACGAUCACAUGCCACCUACGUCAGCAGCUAUUCCAUUUAUGCCCCCUUUUGUACCUGCCGCACACAUUGCUUUUCUUUCGUCAGCACCCACGGGCGAGCCAUUUAUGUGGUCAUCUCCCAAUGUCAUGCCUUUGUCAGAUCCAUAUCAUCCUUUUCAUGUUGGGUAUACGACGAAUGAUUUACUUAUAUCCUUGCAGUUACAGCAGGAUGCGUUGAGCCGACGAGUCCAGGAGCUGAAGAGGAUUCCGCGUCCUCCCCCUUGUCAUGGUCAGUCUCCAUUUGCUACACCACCAGCUCCUCUUCCACUACACCCGGAUUCUGAUGUCCGCUUCCUCACUCCGGAGCAGCAGAUUGCUUACCUGCUGCGCGUUGUCCACGCACUAGAGGAGGAUUGGGUGCAUAUGCGCCGUUUGCUUUUCUUCCCUCCUCCUCCUCCUCCUCCUCCUCCCCCAUCAGCUUGA